GUCAAAGUGCAUAACCUAGACACAUACGUAAUCUGGAUCUAAUCUAAUCUCAUAUCACUGACGUCCGGAAUUGCAAGCCCUCGACCCGGAAAACUUCCAUGCGCUUCUCGAACUUCCUGCUGAAUUUGCGCGAGCUGGAGUAGCGGACGUCGCUCAAUCUGGACACACUCGGUCGCUCAGGCAUGCCCGCCAACUCCUCCUCCGUCCACCAACGGGACUCCACGAACAUCUUCAGCGUCGCCUCCUCAAAAUCGCAGCGCUGCGACGAGAGCCACAAAACCUCGAGUCUGGGCAGUGCCGGGGGCUGUGCAGACGACGACGAGUAGCGCAGCGACGCGAGAAACGCAUCGUCGAUGCAGUUGGAGCAGUUGUACACCUCCAGCCGCGUGACAUUCGAUCCAUGCUGCGCGACGGUGAGGAGAUCCUCCGAAGUCAGCGCGCAAUGGUCGAUUUGCAGGUGGGAGAUGUGUGGCGAGUUGCGCUGGAAGGUCGUAAAGGCGUCCGGAGACCAGGUGAUGACGCCCGAGUUGUAUUCGCCGUACAGCUUGAGCAAUUUAAGCUUGGGGAGGACUAGGCGCCGAAGGAAGGGAGUAAAAUGCUCGUCCGAGGACGUAUUCGAAAUGUGAAUCUCCAGUUCCUCCAGACGAGGCAACGUCACGGUCUCCACUGUCGCCGAAUGAUCAACAGAAGUAGGCCACCCCGAUACACGUAGCGUCACAGAUUGCGCAUGUGUGCAGCGCACAAUGAUGUCCAGGCAUAGCUGAGGCGAUUCGUGGGCCAACGCGAUGUGCGUGAGCUGCCACCAUGGAGUCGCGAUAGUGGUGACCUCGGGAACAUGGAACAGCGUGACGCGCCGCAGAAGUGUAGACGUGGCAAAGGCAUUGAUGCUGGGGUACUUGCCCGCACCCUCGACAUGGCGGAUGUCCAACGUCUCGAGCACCCGCAGGCUUCCCGUGGGUAUCUGGGCGAGGGAUGGCAGCGACUUGGUCGUCAUCGUCAGCGACUGCCACCGCUCCGUCACCGCGAACAGAACGUCCAUGAGCGCCGAGAAGCUUUUUCCGCUCGAGUCGUGCCCCGAGUCCAGCGAGAUGGGGAAUGGGAGCGGCGCAGAGCGCUCUAGAAAAACCUUCGUCGCAUCCACCAUGACCUCUCCCGGCCGCUUCGCGCUGGGAAUCGGCAGCAUCCGGCACCACAGCCGGGGCGUUUUCAACGUCGCAUCUCUCCAGUGCUUGCACACCUGCCCAAAGACCAGCACAUCCGUCACGGGCCCAUCGACGUCGACCGCGAGCGCCAGGAUCUUCCCGAGGACGUCGACGGGGAUCGUGCGCACGGGGGCGGUGAUGAGCUGCAGCGCGGCGAUGACGCGGUGCUCCCGUGCGCGGAGAUGCUCGAGAUCUGCGAUCUGGGCGUCGAGCCGCGCGAUGAUGGCGCGCGACUCGAGGAUGAGCUGGUGCGCCCGGUCCUGCGCACCGGGCGUGUCGAGGUGGGCGAGCAGGAGCGCGGUGGAGAGCGUUGCAGCCAUGGGGGCGAGAAGCACAGGUGGGAGAUCAUCGAUGCGCGCUUGCAGGGACUAGCCGAAAGGGUCGUGGCCCGGACCGCUUACGACCUCGGUGACAUUGGUCACGGCUACACGCGUUAUUGCCGGUGACCGUCCCGAUCACGCGCUUGCGUGACACCACGCGUUCACCACUUUCUGUCCGCAACCGCGAUGUCGUCACGUCUUUCCCGAGCCAACUUGCGGGGCCGAGAGUCUAUAUUCGCUGGAGGCUCAGAUCUGUAUCGCGGAGAUAUACAGGCUGUUUGUCCCCCCAGCCUCGAAGAGUGCGUGUCGAUUUUGGAAGACUGCUGUGAAGAGCCGAAACGCUUCUGUACGAGGGCACGAGGGACUUGCCGAGAAUGAACAAGAUCUUGGAGAGCCAGCGGGUCUUCCUUCUGGUCGGCGAUGAUACUGUCCGAAGAUACAAGAUGGAACUGGCGGACGAAAUCGAGCCCGCGAUUAGCGAACUUCUCGACCUUGCACAGCAGGGUCUCGCUUCGUUGCAGAAGAAGGAAGCGAUCCUGCAGUCCAAGGUGGAUACCGCACAGCUGCGGACUGCCCGGCCUGUUAUCGUGGGCACCUCGGCAUCGCACAAGAUGGAAGCACGCCGACUCCAUCUCCUCACCAAGCAACGAGAGACGUUGGAGAAUCAGAUCCAAGCGUUGCAGGCUGAGGUUGAGGAUAUGGAGAGCAUGUAGAUGCCUCUGUUCGAUUGUAUAUUCAUACAGAUACAAUAAUGUGAAUUGGAGUGCGAGACAUCCAAGUCAAGAUUAUAGUUUCGAUGGCGAUAACGUGCCGCUCUCGGAAAAGAUAUCGAAAUUGCGUUCCAUCAAUAUCUCACUAGUGACCUGCCGCGCAUGUUAGAGAUAGAGUUGGGACCCAUGAGACGGGAUCACAACAUACGCCUCCUUUCCCUGCUAAAAUCACAACACGAUGCCGACGCCCAACCGGUCCGCCGCGCGCUUCGUCUCCGACGUACGUCAGGGUGAUACGGCCGCGUUCAUCUGGCGGCCCCAGCUGCCGAGGCUCGAUGAUCAGCUGCCCAAACGCGCUUCGGCCGAGCGCCGCCACGCGCUCCUGCUGCUCCCGAGUGUUGACGGAGCCGCGGAGGAUCGGGGACAGGGUCUGCAUCAGGUAGAACUGGGGCGGCAUGAGCGUGAUCUUGUGCGCUGCGAACUCGGCAAGGACGGCGUCUGGGUGCAGGAAGCGGGCCGCGAUGACUUCUUGGCCCCCAUCGGAUUUGGGGAGCCGAUCUUGCUUGGCCCCACUGGAGAAGCCCGUGGCAGAUACUUUGUCCAGGAAGGUCACGAAGAAGUGCGUGUGGAAACGGCUGAGUCAGAACCAGUCAGUGCUAUGAUGGUCUUGGGUACACUACAUCCACACCCACCGCGGAAUAUACUCGGGCGUCACCCACUGCGUGAAUGGCAGCAGGCUGUGGACGUCCGCCUCGAGUUUUUGCUCGGCGAGGAAGCUCUGGAACGGCGUCUUCCCGGCAUGGAUCUCCGUCCGCGCGCGGUCCAAGACCGAAUCUGGCGGCGGCGGCGGCGAUGCCGGGCCCGAGGCAAUCAGCAGCCCAGCCUCCUCGAAAGUUUCUCGGAUGGCUGUCACCGCCAAGGACGCAUCUUGCGCCGGAUCGAAGUUGCCCCCGGGGAAAACCUGCACACGGCAUGCUUCAGGAUCGAGACGAGAGACGCGGAAGAUGAGAGCAUGUAUGCACAUGGACGCCGCCGAAGGAUCGCGCCUCGGGGUUGCGGUGGACGAACAGCACUUCGUUCCGGCUGUUGACGAUGAUUAGGCUUGCGGAGGGCCGGGGCACAGUGGGGGAGGGGCGUUGCGACGUCGGCAUGUGGACAGCUCGAAGGAGGGGUCGUGGAGCUGACGGCGUUCGCGAUGGUCGAUGCUUAGACAGAGACGUGGAGAGCGCACGGGUACCAAUCCUGAUUAUCGGUGGCUCGAACAUGUUACAUGAAAGAGCGGCACCGGCUUUCCGGGUGUCGGGACAGCCGCUGGCAGGUGGGAGUGCGAAACAAGUUGGUCGAGAUAUUUACAUACACACAUGACCAUGACCUAACUGACACCUAUUUGGCACUUACUGAUAACCAUACGCCCAAGGGGAAUAGACUCGGCCUGAGAAAAUGUUUUGUGUGCGCCUUUCCGCUGGAACGAGCACGCUAUCUGCGGAGAUGACAAUAACAUGUGACGGUUGUCAUGGCACACGGCCCCACCGCCGAGCAUUUGGAUCCGUUCGAAGCAGCAGGCCGAUCAGAAUCCGCGGAGCAGCAGCAGACAUAUGGGAAGGCCCAAGUCAUACCCGAGGAAGCGUUGGAUAUAACAAUACAUGCGUAUGGACUUGCAUAAAAGUACAUCGAUGGCAUGGGGAUGGUGGAGCAACGGAUCGGGGGUGGCAUACGUGCCGUCGUCGUCGUCAUCGUCGUCGUAGCCGCGAGGCAGUGAGGCAAGGCAGGCAGCAGACGUCUUGGCGCCGAAUCACGGAAUGAGAAGCAGCCCAAGUUUCGGAAACGCAUCGCGCGCGGAACAGUCGGUCACCAGACGGCCCCCAGCAUAGCUUCGGCGACUGCGGGAUUCCCAGCCGCAUCCUGAAGGGAUCGCCUUGACGCGCGGGAGUGGGGAGCACAGCCGAUCUGGGCAAACGGCAGACGCAGGGACGCUGCAGCAUGGAUGAGCAGGCGGUUGGUUGUCGGUUGUCCCCGGUGGAUAGAGCACCCCGAAUUGCACCGACUCACGACGAUCACGAUGUCGUCGCGCCUCGCUCCCUCUGAAGCUCCAAUCUACGGGCGGGGGACGUCUGGGUCUCGGCUCUCCUGCGCUCCUCAGCGGCUUUGAGGCAUUCGGUCCACAACCGCAGGGUAUAGGUCUGCAACGCGCGGGAAUAAAGAACGACGGGGUGCAGGUCGGGGUUCGCUGCCUCGUCAGGGAGGAUGCUGCGUGUCCCAGAGGACAUGCAAGGGGGAGGGGGAGGAAGAUGGUGGUGACAAGCAGAGACGGGUCACACACACACUUUAUAGCUGUUCCGGUGCGGUUGCCAAUAUUACUCAAGCGAGCAGCAUGCGUUAAAAUCCGUAAAAGAUGCUCCACAGCUGAAUCUGGUGCUUCCGACCGCCCUAAAAAUUAACAGCGAGACGGUGCGGAGUGGCCGACGGAUGCUCAUGCUUCUGCGGGUGCCGUGUCCCCGUCGUCCUGGGCUGGGCGCAGCACAGGCGUGUUUGCAGCCCCACUCCAAACACGGCCGGCAUGAUAACGGACUAAAGAUUUGGAGGAUCACGAAACAGUCCCUUCGCGGCCGGCGGGCACCACAGGCAGCCGAAUGGAUAAACAGACCGCCUGCGAUGCGCGUGCAGAGUCUUCACGGAGAUGAUUUCACGGAGAUGAUGGACUCGGUCGAUGCAAUCGAUACUUCAAUGUGGCUUUAGUCGACGUCAUGGCUCCGGAUCAAAGGCGUGUGUCAAGACUCAAGCCUGUUACGGUCAGCUGUCAAAGUGUAACGCGUCACACAUUCGUUAAACAAGACUGGUCGCUACUGGUCGCCGUGACCUGCCAGGAUCUGUCCCCCCCGGCUCCGCGUUCCGAUCCACCCUUGAAGUCGUACCCUUUGUAUACGUCCAGGAAGGGAAACAGGUCGCAUCUCUCUAGCUCUGGGAGCGCAACCAAGCUCAAGCCCAUCCCUUCGCUUAAACACCCGAGAUCGCUCGUUCUUCUGUGGACGGCUUCGCAAGCAGAACCCCCGGCCCUCGCACACUCCACUCCACUUUCCUCCACCGCGUCGCAUGAUGUGCCCGACUCCAACAGGCCCCUGCUGCCCUUCUCGCACGCACUUGGCAGCGUAACGACUCUGAUCGCAUCUGUGCUCGAAAUAGAUAGACGAGCGGGGAGAGAGCUUCAUGGUGAUGCACCACCACCUCGCUGAGUUUGGACGCUCCAUGCAUGCCUCGAGGAGACUCUCUGCAUGUACAGUAUCCUGAUUGAUCUUUGGGGCUUUUCAAAAUCCCACGUCUCGGCAACGAUCCUCAUCCAACCCACUUGUCAGCUAACAGUCGGGCAACAUUUCCUCGGGGCUCACGUUCCCAUGUACUGAGCUGACAGCGAUCACACUUCGAGUGCUGGCUGUCGCAUCAUCAAUAUCUUCUGGGCGUGGGCUCAAAGUAGAUCGUGUUUGCAUAUGAGAUAACGUAGACUGGAAUGUGCACCUACAGCAGUGCACCUCGACGCGUAUGCACAACACCUUCAAUGUCGUUCAUUCCCACGAGAGUCCCAAGUGCGGCCCCCGUUCGCGUCAAAUCUGGCUGCAGAAAUGUUAUCCUGGGGGGAUGAUAGCAUAGCAUGUGAUCGUCCGACGCGCAUCGUACCUUCGACGGCCACGUUCGUGGGCCUGCAUGCGCUGUCGCCACUAUAUAUAUAUAUAUAUAAUACCGCCUUGCGUCCGGCCGUGCUUGACUUUAACUCACCAUGUGGACCUCUGCGGGGCUCUCGUUGUGCGUGCUGCUGCCGUCGGUCGCGGCUGCGUCGUCGGCCUCCGCGCCGUCGGUCGCGGCUGCGUCGUCGGCCUCCGCGCCGUCGGCCUCCGCGCCGCCGGCGCGUUUCCCACGUCCUUGUUCACCAAGUACUACAACAACCCGACGCAGACGGCGUCGCAGCUCCAACCCGUGAUCAAGGAUCCCGUUGAGACGGGCGUGACGUACAAGCUCGGGCUGACGAGCCCGGACGACAUCCCGCAAAGCGACACCGCCGACCCGCACCCGCUCCCCGACGCCGCGAGCGCGGCACAGCUGCUCGAGCAGGCGUACGCGCAGAUCCUAGCGAUCGCGGCGAACCCGCUGUACACCGCGAACACGUGCGCGGGCUGCCAGGCCGCGCUGCAGGUCGCCAAGUUCAUGUCGCUCGCGGCGCCGCAGCAGGGCCCGGCGCUCGCGGUGCGGCUGUGCGAACACUUCAACUUCUCGACGACGUGCGAGCGGUCGUUUGGGGCGCUGGCGCUGGGGGGUGUUGUCACGCAGGUCGUUGCGAAUGCGAAUGUCGGCGGGUACGACGGACAGGUGCGUGUCGCGCUCGCUUUCGCUGGAGAGCUAUGCGUCCUCAGCCCAGCCGCGCCACACACAGAUGCUCUGCGAGAAUUUCAUCAAAGGACUCUGCCCGCUGCCGCCCGCGUCGCCUCUGAAUCUGACGUCGUGGUUUGCGAAGCCGAAGCCCAAUCCGCUGCCCCCGCCGAAACAGCGCAGCGGCAAAACCCUGAAGGUGCUGCACAUGUCCGAUUUCCACCUGGACCCACGGUACGCCACGGGGUCCGAGGCGAACUGCACCUCGGGCCUGUGCUGCCGCGCGAACAACUUCAACCCGGCGAGCGUGCACACGCCGCUGUCGCCGGCGCCGCGUUUCGGCGCCUACCGCUGGUGAGCGCCCCCGUCGCUUCUCGGAGGGCAGUGUGUGCUGAUCGAGACUCGAGCGACACGCCGAUGGCGCUGGCGGCGGCGGCCGUCGAGGCGAUUCCCGUGCUGACCGGCACUCAGGGGGACGGAUUCGCGUUCACGGUCUAUACUGGCGACCUGGUUUCGCACGAUGUCGAGAACCAGCUGUCGCGGGACUAUGUGCGCUACACGGAGACCCUGCUGUACGAUCUGUUCCGCAAGACGCUCGGGUCGGGGCCCGUCUACGCUGCGCUGGGCAACCACGACUCGUACAACCAGGCGCAGGAUGCUCCGCACAUGCUCGGCAAGAAGCUCGGCAGCCAGUUCAGUUGGAACUACGACCACGUCGCUGCGCUGUGGGCGCACGAGAACUGGCUCCCGGAAGCCGCGGUCGAGCUUGCCAAGGCCCACUACGCCGCGUACAUGGUCCGCCGCAAAGACGGUCUGCGCGUCAUCACCCUCAACACCGACUUGUGGUACAGAGCGAACUACUUCAACUACAUCAAUCUCGACCAGCCCGACAACUCUGGGAUGCUGCGGUUUUUGACUGACGAGCUGCAGGCCGCAGAGGACGCGGGCGAGCGCGUCUGGAUCGUGGGUCAUGUCCUGACUGGCUGGGACGGCAGCAAUCCACUGGUCAAUCCGACGGAUCUGUUCUACCAGAUCGUGGAUCGCUACUCCCCACACGUCAUCGCCAACAUCUUCUUCGGGCACACCCACGAGGACCAGCUCACGAUCUUCUACGCCAACAACGCCACGGAUAUCAGCGCGCAGACUGCUUUGACUCAGUCUUGGAUCGGCCCGUCGAUCACUCCCCUAACGAACCUCAACUCUGGUUUCCGCAUGUACGAGGUGGACUCGGCCACAUUCGAUGUCAUGGAAGCAUAUACAUGGCGCGCAGACGUCAACGCGUUCGGGGCGCUCGACAACCAGACCAAGGUCGGGCCGACGUAUGCUUUCGAGUACAGCACGCGUGAUGCGUAUGGGCCGAGCGUGCCCGGCUGGACGUCGAGCGAUCCGCUGAAUGCGACGUUCUGGCAUCACGUCACGGAAGCCAUGGAAGCCGACCCGGCGCUCGUCACGACCUUCAACACGUUCCAGGGGAAGAGCUCCGUGCUGAGCCCCGCGUGCACCGGCGACUGCGUCAAGGCCAAGAUCUGCUACAUCCGCAGCGCGUCCGCCGCGAUCGCGAAGCAGAACUGCAUCCAGGGGUUCGGUUCCGUCCAAUAUCCCGUGAUGAUGCCCAAUGCCGAUGCUCGUGCCGCGGCACUCGGUGUGUGGGAGGAAGAUGAGCAUCCCGACCGACAGGCGUUUGUGGACUAUGAUAAUGCAGAGCCCCGGGUGUAGGAGAUGGGGAGGUUGGCUGUGGACUGUGGAUGUCGUGGCUUCACUACACUAUAUAGAAGCAUCGAUUAUGUUUAUGAGCUCACGCUU